CCUGUUCCGUUACAUAAUUUGGACAUUGCUCUGUCAAGCCUUUCGUAAAAACUCAAUAUCAAUUCCCCUCUCGUGGUUAUUUUGUCAUGUAUUCAUUCAUAUCGCUCAGGGGACUAUUAACUGGCGUACACAGGUAAUAGGAAGUCAGUGACCGGAUAUUGCGUUGCGGUAAAGAUCGAGAUAACGACACAAUGCAGUCUUCUCUCAGCCUAGUUCCUGCUGCCGCUGCUUGCUUUUAUUCAGUCACCAGAAGUGGGGACUCUGCUGAUAACGCAGAUUACCAGACAACUCGUCGAAUAGUCAGUGACGCCCAAGUUUCAGCUGUGAGCCAAUGGAGGAGCCAGUGGUAGCAGGACCUGGGGCCUGUCUGCUGGUUAACCGAGGAACGACUCUUAACAACACACUUUGGGAGGAAGUUACCAAGUCGUGCCGGGACAGACAUGGACGCUGGACCAACCCCUGGCCCACAUGGCGGUUCCCUUCCAAGGCCAGGCUGCUCAAGUUCCUGCUGUGGGACACAGACAACAGCAACGUGCCAACCAGCAAAGAGGUCCUAGACGAAGAGCUCCCGGUGCUGGUCCCGUACUUCGCUCGGGGAGGGGCCGUGGACAGUGCCCCCCCAGGGCGUGGCCUCAGGGUCACCUGGCUGGGCCACGCCACCACAUUGGUGGAGCUGGACGGACUCAGCGUCCUGACGGACCCCGUCUUCAGCCUGCGGGCCUCGCCAGUCCAGUUUAUGGGUCCCAAGAGGUACCGGGGCCCCCCCUGCACCGUGGAACAGCUGCCCCCCAUAGACGCCGUGGUGAUCAGCCACAACCACUACGACCACCUGGACCAGGGGACGGUGAACGACCUCAACGCACGCUUCGGAGCAGACCUCCACUGGUUUGUGCCACUGGGCCUGGCGGACUGGUUGGGGAAGGCGGGAUGCCAGAAUGUGAUGGAGCUGGACUGGUGGGAGGAGAGCUGUGUCCCAGGGCACCCUGACACCACCUUCGUCUGCACCCCUGCACAGCACUGGUCCAAGCGCACGCCUCUGGACAACAACCAGGCCUUGUGGGGCAGCUGGUCCAUCCUCGGCCCCCAACACCGAUUCUUCUUCGCGGGCGACACCGGCUACUGCUCCUCCUUCGCCGAGAUCGGACGCCGCUACGGACCCUUCGACCUCGCCGCCAUCCCCAUCGGCGCUUACCUGCCCAGAGAUGUGAUGCUGGGACAGCAUGUGGACCCAGAAGAAGCGGUGCAGAUCCACGAGGACGUCCGGGCAAAACACUCUGUGGGCGUCCACUGGGGGACCUUCGCCCUGGCACACGAGCCCUACCUGGAGCCCCCGGUGCGACUCCGCCAGGCCCUGGAGAGGAAGGGCCUGCAGCCGGGCUGCUUCUUCACCCUGCAGCACGGGGAGUCCAGGACCCUGCAGUAGGACCCUGCACCCUGGGAGUCCAGGACCCUGCAGUAGGACCCUGCACCCUGGGAGUCCAGGACCCUGCAGUAGGACCCUGCACCCUGGGAGUCCAGGACCCUGCAGUAGGACCCUGCACCCUGGGAGUCCAGGACCCUGCAGUAGGACCCUGUACCCUGGGAGUCCAGGACCCUGCAGUAGGACCCUGCACCCUGGGAGUCCAGGACCCUGCAGUAGGACCCUGUACCCUGGGAGUCCAGGACCCUGCCCUUCAGGGAAGGAGGCGCCAUGGAUUGAGGGCAGAGCCAAGGACGCAAGAGCGUUCCGUUGGUCAUUUUGGAUCAGUCACACUACUGCCGUCACCUGUGUUUAGGACACCGCAUCUGAAAACGGCUUCAUCCUUUAGAAGUCCAAAUUUGUUCUUUAAAUGUUGAUUAUUUUUCAUGUUCUUGGCCCUGGGACAAUCUCUGAAUCACGCAAUCAAGAUUGAAAGAGCAGGUUUUUUUCGGCACAAGGAAGUCGGUAGAUAUUGACCUGACGCAAAUGAUACGAGAGAGAUAUAGAGAGAUAAGGCCUUUUUCUUAACCUUGAAUAAAAGGUUGGUUUCGUUCAGUUGAAAGCCAAAUGAUCUCAUCCUGCUGAUUUGCAUGUAGGUCCAUCAAGAAGUGUGUCAGACUGUUUUCAUGAUGUGGGUUUUUCAGAAAAAGCCAGUUCAGUUAUCUGGUUUCAUGUGAAUGAGGAAACACACUAAGUUUUGCUGUCUCGCUGGUUAACUGUGGUCUCGUAUGGUUGCUCUAUGUUUGUGAUAAAGAAAAAUCUGUUACAAAUUUCAUAAAAGUUGAAUGUAGAGACACUGGAUCUCAAUGUUGUACCCUGCUGAUCCAUGCAACCUGUUGGUUUCAGAGUAAAAUAUAUUGAACGUGUGUGGAUGCCAUUUUUGGUUGUUAACCUUGCACACUGCAAUAACAUUUCAUUAUCCUUUUUACAGCAGCAGAAAGAAUAUAGAGGUACAAAGUUUGGUUAAAAAACUUUAACGGUAUUAAAAUUGGCU